AAUGAAAAAUAGUAUGAAAAUGUUCUCUCUCCUUUAAAAUUAUAGUUCCAUAGGAUAUUAUUGCAGCGCCCAGCCCAACACGCAAUGGUUAUUUACUUUUCAUGAUCGAUCGUUGGAUAAAAGCAUGGAAAAACAAAUGAAUUUUUUUGAUAUAUUUUUUACUAAUUUUAUGAAAACGGCAUUGAAACGUAAAGUGAGUCGUCUGAAUGAUGAUUCCUUGACGCCUAACUGAUUCCGAUCGGGGAGGGGGUGACGUGCAGAGCAGUGAGAGAGCAACAAAGACAGGUGUCCACUAGCGAGUCUCUGUUGCAAAAAAAACAGGGGGCUCAAUUUCAUUACAUUACCUGCUUUACUUUUAGAUCCGACGAAUAGGAUCGCUACCUGUGCUGUUUUCUAUACGCCUUUCAUUGUCUUAGUACUGCCCUAUAGUACUAGUUUUUUAUAUUUUAAGAAAAAAAAAACAAAAAGGAAAGAAAGAAGGAAGGAGCUCACCUCUACAUGUUGCAACGAGUGACCCAUGUCCCUUUCUCCAUCUGUGAUACUUGAAACACACCAUCCAAGCCAAGGUCAUUUAACUAGGCUGAUUGAUUUCGAGAGUAACUGAACAAUGAGUGGAGCUGUUCUUGUGGCUGUUGCUGCUGCCAUCGGUAACUUACUGCAAGGAUGGGAUAAUGCGACUAUUGCAGGAUCUAUCUUGUACAUUAAGAGGGAGUUUCAAUUAGAGAGUGAACCCACAAUUGAAGGUCUAAUUGUGGCUAUGUCACUUAUUGGAGCCACCGUGGUUACUACUUGCUCCGGGUCCCUAUCAGACUUGCUAGGCAGGCGUCCAAUGUUGAUUAUCUCCUCUGUCCUUUAUUUUGUUAGUUCUAUUGUGAUGCUUUGGUCUCCAAAUGUUUAUAUCCUCCUCUUUGCUAGACUUUUAGAUGGUUUGGGAAUUGGUUUGGCAGUUACCUUGGUACCUCUUUACAUAUCUGAGACAGCUCCUCCCGAGAUUAGGGGAUUACUCAACACACUUCCACAGUUUACUGGUUCUGCUGGAAUGUUUUUCUCCUACUGUAUGGUGUUUGGGAUGUCACUAAUGAAGGCUCCAAGCUGGAGACUUAUGUUGGGUGUUCUGUCAAUCCCCUCUGUUAUUUAUUUUGCACUCGCACUAUUUUUCUUGCCCGAGUCUCCAAGAUGGCUUGUUAGUAAAGGCCGUAUGCUUGAGGCCAAGAAGGUUUUGCAGCGCCUUCGUGGAAGGGAAGAUGUUUCUGGUGAGAUGGCUUUACUGGUUGAGGGUCUUGGAGUUGGGGGUGACACAGCCAUAGAAGAGUACAUAAUUGGUCCAGCCAAUGAACUUGCUGAUGAAGAGGAUCCAUCUAAAGAAAGAGAUCAGAUCAAGUUGUAUGGGCCAGAACAAGGUCAGUCUUGGGUUGCUAGACCUGUCGCUGGACAAAGUUCUGUUGGCCUUGUAUCACGGAAAGGAAGCUUGGUAAAUCCGAGUGGUCUAGUGGACCCUCUAGUGACACUCUUUGGUAGUGUCCAUGAGAAGCUCCCAGAAACAGGAAGCAUGCGAAGCACCCUUUUUCCACACUUUGGAAGCAUGUUUAGUGUUGGGGGAAAUCAGCCUAGGAAUGAAGAUUGGGAUGAAGAAAGCCUUGCCAGAGAGGGUGAUGAUUAUGUAUCUGAUGCUGCUGCUGGUGAUUCUGAUGACAAUUUGCAGAGUCCAUUGAUCUCACGUCAAACAACAAGUCUGGAUAAGGACAUACCUCCUGCCCAUAGUAGCCUUUCAAGCAUGAGACAAGGUAGUCUUUUGCAUGGAAAUGCGGGAGAACCUGCUGGUAGUACUGGGAUUGGUGGUGGUUGGCAGCUAGCAUGGAAAUGGUCUGAAAGGGAAGGCCUAGAUGGAAAGAAGGAAGGUGGUUUCAAGAGAAUAUAUUUACACCAAGAGGGUGGUCCUGGGUCUAUGCGUGGGUCGGUGGUUUCACUUCCUGGUGGAGAAAUGCCAACAGAUGGUGAGGUUGUACAGGCUGCUGCUCUGGUGAGUCAGCCAGCUCUUUAUAACAAAGAACUUAUGCAUGAACAGCCAGUUGGACCAGCUAUGAUUCAUCCAUCCGAGACAGCUGCAAAAGGGCCAAGUUGGAGUGAUCUUUUUGAACCUGGGGUGAAACAUGCAUUGGUUGUAGGGGUGGGAAUUCAAAUCCUGCAGCAGUUCUCUGGUAUAAAUGGGGUCCUCUACUAUACACCUCAAAUUCUUGAGCAGGCAGGUGUUGGUUAUCUUCUUUCAAACCUGGGCCUUGGUUCUACUUCUUCAUCAUUUCUUAUAAGUGCUGUGACAACCUUGUUGAUGCUUCCUUGUAUAGCUGUUGCAAUGAGACUCAUGGAUAUUUCUGGCAGAAGAACUUUGCUGCUCAGUACAAUCCCGGUCUUGAUAAUAUCUCUUCUCAUAUUAGUCCUGGGGAGUCUUGUAGAUUUGGGCAGCACAGCAAACGCAUCAAUCUCAACCAUUAGUGUUAUUGUCUAUUUCUGUUUCUUUGUCAUGGGAUUUGGGCCGAUUCCGAAUAUACUUUGUGCAGAGAUCUUCCCCACUCGAGUUCGUGGUCUCUGUAUCGCCAUAUGUGCUCUUACCUUUUGGAUCUGUGAUAUCAUUGUCACCUACACACUCCCCGUUAUGCUUAAUUCUGUAGGCCUCGCUGGUGUUUUUGGUAUUUAUGCAGUCGUGUGCUUCAUAGCUUGGGUGUUUGUCUUUUUGAAAGUUCCAGAAACCAAGGGCAUGCCACUGGAAGUGAUCAUUGAGUUCUUCUCUGUCGGAGCAAAACAGGUUGACGCUGCCAGGCAUAACUGACUUAAGGAUACGAUAAAUUGAAAGUUUUGACAGUACCUUCUAAUUAUUUUCAAUCUACGGCUUUGUUUGAAAGUUUUUUCUCUUUUAAUUUUUCCUUUUCUAUUAAUCUCUCUUUUCCGUGGGUUGAGAUUGAGAAAAAAAGAAACACUGUUUCUGUAAAAAACGUUCACUUUUCUGGUUAAUUUGUGGGACUUGAUAUGCUGCUUAGUUACCCUGCUAUUCGAAGUCGAAAUUGUUUAUUGACCUGCUUUAUUGAUGGAAUACAUGACAAAGAUGACUAGUGUUUGGUUUCAAGAUUUGGGGAUAGCUACAACAAUCAUUGUAGUAACAAUUAUACAUGAUAAUCGUUGUCACUAUCUACUCGAGUAGUAUGUUGAUGAAUAACAUAGAAUAUGAGUUAAUAUUAGAUCAUGUAUGCACUAUCUAAGUUUAGUUUUCGUGGUCUUGUAUUCUCACUUGUGGUAUGUUCUCUCCCUCUUCCCUUCCCCCCCUCCCCCUCUCUAUAUAUAACUUAUGAUUUAU